AUGUCUACCAUGAAUAACUCGAUGAGUUUUCAGGAAAGAAAAUAUACACUUAAUAAGCUGAAAAUGAUGUUUGAUAAAUGGGAAAAUUUAAGAUCAGUGACUUAUAGACGUUCGAUUAUUUGUGCUUUCCUUUGGACAGUGUCACUUGUAUUUGGUAUUUUUCUUCUAAUUUUGGAGAACAAUAUUAUGAUCAAGAAAAUUAUUCCAACUUCUUUGCUUGGGAUAGGAAGUAUAGGAACUUUAAUUAAUAGUUUUCUAUCUUUGAUAAAACUUUUUCCUAUAAAAAAACCAGACAAAGAAAGUAUUGAUGAUGAAAUAAUUAGAAGUUCAGAACAAGCAUGUAACGUAGAAUUUUAUGAGACAGAAUUAGGACCAAAUGAAUUAAAAACAUUAAAAUAUAUAAGAAGAAAAGGCAAAGUAUGCGAGGGUUCUGAUAAAGAUAAAGAAGAUGUGAAUAAAAUUCAAAAAGAGCAUCCUUUUGGUUUAGUUUUAAAGUUUCUUGAAGAUCUUAUCAAUAAUUUACAGAAACAAUGGACUGAGGAUAAAAAUAGUUUUAUUUUUACUGUAAUUACCUUCGAAUGUCUUAACACCAUAACCAAGGAAUCUGAAAAUGAUACUAAAAAUAGAAAAUAUCUCCGAAUGAAAUUAUUAUAUGUCUUUAUCCCAUUUCUUUUUUUAAUGGGUUUGAUAUCAAUAUCGCCAAAGGGAUUAAAAAAAAUUUCUCCAAAUGAAACAGAAAUGGAAAAUAUCUCUCGGUUGCUGUUUGGUUUAUCAACUAAAAUCUCAGAUAAUGAUGGAAUAUCACCAAAGAGAUUAAAAAAAAUUUCUCCAAAUGAACCAGAAAUGAAAAAUAUCUCUCUUAUGAUCGGACAUUGUUGA